AUGAUAGGCUUGCUAGUUUUAUUAUUACAUCUCAGCAAUUUAACAAUAGCGCAAUUCCACUACCGCCAUAAGCUCUCAAUCAUUCCUCCAGGUUCGAUACGCAGUAGGACAUUUUCGCGACACAAAGUGAAUGGACGGGGACAAACCUAUCCGAGUGCAGCUAUGCUUGACUCAUCUCGAGCUCUCCCAUGUUGCCAGGAUGAAUCGGGCGGAGCGGUAUGCAGGACGACAAGGGCCCAUAAUCCUAAAGAAUUUCUUCGAAAAUGCAAUACAGAACCCGAUUUUUCACUUGUAAUCUGCUGCAAAUCUUGCAACGAUGUGACCGUCGACUUCAAAGAACGAGGAGCAUUGUUCUUCAACACCGCAAGUAAUGGCACUUACUGUUUCGAUCGAAUGAGUUCGAGCUACUGUAGCCGAUUUCAGUCAAGUUCGGAUUCUUGGAGUACAAAGAGGUGGUCCUGCAACUCGGAGCAUUUUCGCCUCGGUUUUCGUGUAUGUCGGCAAAGUUGCGGCUUUUGUUCAAUGGACUGGCGAAAUUCACCGGAGGCGUUACGGUGUUAG